AGGUUCUUUCGGCUCGAGCACAUCUUGGGGUGCGUUUCUCGCACAGACCUUUUUUCCCAUCAUGUUGCGAGUCCUCUUCUUCGCUCUCUUCACGGGCGCGGUUGCCUUCGUGGCACCCAGCACGCAUGCGGCACAGCCCCAGAAGGCGGUGCCAGUGCAGGGCGCUUCUGCGAGUGACUCCACGAUGGAGGCCACUGUCGGUAGCUCCAUCUGCUUCGGCGUCAGCUUGGGCUACGCCGCUGCUGCCGUGAGCGCUGCAGCCCGAAGAAGCAGCACAGUGAGGGCCGCGGAGAUGGCCAGGACCCCAGUGGCUUAUCCCAUCUUCACCUUCCGUUGGUUGGCGGUCCACGCCCUCGUGAUCCCCACCGUCUUCUUCUUGGGCGCGAUUAGCUCGAUGCAGUUCAUCCAGCGCUGAGCCGAGAGAGAAGUCACGAACCGCUGUCUCACCGAGCAGGUCUUUUUUGGAGAA